AUGGAAAGCAGACCUCUUGCUCAGUUUCUCGAAAGUAAUGCUAAGUUCGCCGCAAAUUAUGCGCAGCCUCUGUCCCUGAUGAAGAUGCGCGAGAUGUGGGCACGGAAAGGCUCCAAAGGGACGGUCAUCCUAUCUUGCAGCGAUCCAAGAGUCAUCCCUGAGCAAUUCAUGGCUCUGGGGCCUGAGAGACCGGCGGCCGUCAUCCGAAACGCAGGUGGAAGAGCGAUGGAUGCGAUGCGAUCAGUACAAGUGCUGAACACCAUCACUCCACUCGGACUGAUCAUAGUCGUCCAUCACACUGAUUGCGGUACGACUCAUGUUCCAGACAGUGAAGUUCAGGCAAAAAUAAAGCAGAUGUCUUCGCUUCCUCCCGAGACUGUUGACACUUUGGAAUUUGGGGAGAUCAAGGACUUAGAAGCUAGUAUCCGGGAAGAUGUGGCUCUGAUCAAGAGCGAUCCCCUAUACGGGGGCCAUGCACCGCAGGUGGUUGGAUUGCUUUACGAAAUUGAAUCUGGCAAGCUGAGACAGGUGGAAUGA